AAAAUUACCUGUACCUGGAUUAUAUAAAAUAGUGGAUGAAAUCUUAGUUAACGUGCUGACAACAAGGAACAAUAUGAUCGUAAUCGAACAACCAAUUCUCACUACUUGUUCCGAAAAUGCUUGUGACUACACGGGGUCAUCUUUACAAAAAUUUAAGAUGACUCGGUUUGAUGAUGAUAUAAUUUCUCUCUCAGCAUACGAUUUGGCGGGGUGUUAA